GAUAUUGUACUCACACAGCGCAGGUGCUGGUUUAGUGUCGCCUUUUAGGGCGUCUUAUGCAGUCAAGGAAACAGGAUCCACCAUAAAGAUGGCGGCGUCCGCUGUUAGCAUGGUGAGGAAAUGUCUGUCGGACUUUGCUGAGGAGGUUAGAGAACUCCAGGGAACACAUGCAGUUCCUUACCUAGAAAAUCCUCUAUCUCCUCUCCAGUUUCAUCGGGAUUGGUUGUGUCCAAAUAGACCCUGUGUAAUACGCAACGCCUUUAACCACUGGCCAGCACUACACAAGUGGACUUUAGACUAUCUUCGGAAAUGUGUUGGAUCCAAGACUGUAAGCGUGGCCGUGACGCCAAACGGUUAUGCAGAUGCCGUGUACGAGAACAAAUUUGUUAUGCCAGAGGAGCGAAACAUGAAUUUUUCAGAUUUUCUGGACAUUAUAGAGAAGAAAACAAAUCCCCCAGGAGUGUUUUACAUCCAAAAACAGUGUUCCAAUCUCACAGAAGAGUUUCCUGAAUUGGUUGGAGAUGUGGAGAGUCAUAUACCAUGGAUGAGCGAGGCGCUAGGAAAGCUUCCCGAUGCUGUUAAUUUCUGGCUGGGUGAGGCUGCUGCAGUUACAUCAUUACAUAAAGACCAUUAUGAGAACCUGUACUGCGUUAUUUCAGGACAGAAGCACUUCAUUCUUCACCCGCCAACUGACAGGCCUUUUAUCCCAUACGAAAUGUACCAACCUGCAACUUAUCAAGUUAAUGAAGAUGGGUCAUUUGAGACUGUGGACCAGGAGUCUGCAGAGCAGGUGCCUUGGAUUCCUGUUGACCCAUUGGAGCCAAACCCGAAUCUGUAUCCAGCAUACGUUCAGACACAACCUCUACACGUGACUGUAGGACCCGGGGAAAUGCUGUAUUUGCCUUCUCUAUGGUUUCACCAUGUACGCCAGUCCCAUGGAUGCAUUGCAGUAAAUUACUGGUAUGAUAUGGAAUAUGACAUUAAAUACCACUAUUUUCAGCUGCUUGAUUCUCUUUCCAAAACUGUGGGAUACUCAUGAAUGGAAUAAAUGUAAAGCUGGAUGGGGAAAGAAAACAUUCACCUACUGUGAGACCACCAUCGCAUGCUGUUGUACUACAAACUGCAGAAGGUGCUGAUGUAACACAACAAGUGCGGAAUAAUAACUGCGGACACAAAUUGUGAUAUGCCGGAGCACCAUAAAAGCCUACUACUGCGAUUUGUCACUAGCAAUCUCUUCUGGAACUACUUCCUCCACAGAAGAUAAUGGGAAUCAUAGCUGAAUGUACUUUUUAAAACUGGUUUAAUAUUUAUUUUCUUAAUAAUAAGUAUUCCUGUUCAAA